AUGGGUGUCCAUCUCUGCCGUUUGUACGUACUGUGGAUUAAGUGGCUGCUUCUGUUUGAAGCAUAUUCGAUCAAACAAACUACGGCACUUGUCUCGCAGCACUUGCCAUUUUCUUGGUUCAAUAGCAAGCAGCUUGUGCAUUCUCAGAGCCUGUUUGAGGGAAAAUCAACCCCUUCAGCUGUAAAAAGAAGAAUGUUGCUUCCGGAGCUAUGGAUUGAAAUAUUGGUAUUUGCAGACCAAACCGUCCUUCAAAGAUUCUCUAGUCAUCAUGAAGCUGAAGUAUAUGUCCAAACACUGAUGCACGUGACUAACAACUUGCUUCAGCAUCCUUCUCUUGGAAUCAACUUGAGUCUGGUGGUACGAGACAUUAUUUGGAUUGAUGCGGAGCAGUCCAGCGAGCUAUUGUGGGGGUCGUCGUUGGUGCGUUCACUUCACCGAUUUUGUCAGUGGGCCAUGCUUCGCCACUAUGUUCGCCACGGCUACGAUCAUGCCAUCUUGCUUUCACGGAACAUUGUACAAGCCGCUGGAAUUUCACCACUUGGUCAGCUGUGCCGAAUCCCUCACUCGUGUACGUUAGCCGAGGACAGCGGAUUUUUCUCCUCGUAUCCAAUCGCACAUGAAUUAAUGCAUAGCCUUGGAGUGGAACAUGAUGGAGAAAAGAAUGGCUGCGAUCGUUCUGGUCUGACAGGGAAUAUUAUGGCCCCGUUGAUUCUGUCUACCAGUUACAAUUAUCAUUGGAGUGACUGCACUCGUCUAACUCUGAGGGUCGCCAUGAAACUACCAUCUUCCUUGACUCUCGCCUCCACUUCUCGCAAUCCGAGCAACCGUCACAUUGUCCAUCCACAUUGGCAACCCCUUCCUCCUUACCGGUUGCUAUAUGAUGAACAAGGAACAAUAGAGGAAAGUAUUUGUCAGCAGUUGUGGUGUUCUGUUUCUGGCAUUCCCGACCACUGUGAUGCGAAAAUAAGCCAUGGACUACUGGAAGGAACAACCUGCGGUCCCAAUCGGGAAUGUUAUGUGGGGAUUUGUGCAAAACAAAAGCGCAUCAACAAGACAGUGUAUCAUUGUGGACGCUACUCUGAUUGGACGUCGUGUUCCCGGUAUUGUGGCAUUGGGACGCAGUUUCGUAUGAGGAGAUGCCAUUUAGAGAAAGAGGCACAAGAGGUGGAAUAUCCCAAUCCCCAAUUUCAAUACAAGUUGUGCUACAGGACGCAACCUGGCUCGUGUCAAACAGAAGAAGACUUUCGCGCUAAACAGUGCAACCAGUUUAAUCUGUAUAAGCUACAUGGAGUAUAUCAUAUUUGGCUGCCAUUUGUAGAUUACCAAAGUCCUUGUCAACUCCAAUGCAUGUCCAUGCAAAAUGGGCAGGUACUCAACGGGUCGAUUCCAGUUCGCGAUGGCACACUCUGUCACUACAACAAUUUGGAUCACCGCUGUGUUCAGUCACAAUGUGUGGAAUUUGAUUGUAAGGGCGUGGUCAACGGUAGAGGCAGACGCGAUAAGUGCGGUGUGUGCGACGGAAACGGGACAACAUGCAAAUUGGUUCUUCAUCGCAUUGAUCGGAAUCUCACAAUCGCGUCUGGGAGUCGGAUGGUGUACUUGGUACCUAGGAUGGCACGAAGGCUGGAGGUCUGUUUGUUCUCGGAAGACCAUGUACUCGCAUUUCAUAGCAUGUGAACAAGCAGUCAUUCGUCCCGGCUCACCGCUGUAUGGAUAAUACUGAAGUGCAAAUUACGCUUCUUUGAACCAACCCGCAUUAGCCAUUCCCCAGUAUUCUCCCAUCACUGCCAAACGUUGCCGGAGGCGAUCUAUUGAUCCUGUCACGCUUGCUUUGAUUACAUCUUGUGAGCAUGCAUCGCGCGACUGGUGUAGCAAAUUCUGCUGGUGCACCCCACUAGAGAUCACAGUAGAAGGUGUAACCUUGGUUUUCAAUUAGUUCAAUGGAGCUUGAAGAUCGGUGAGAUCCCUCGUCAUCUGACAACUUAACUCAAGGCAGUACACCAACAAUGUCAGAAGCAAGCACGAGUCGACCAAAAGGCAGAUGCUUAUCUGUUGAAAACUUUAGACUGUUAAACCCG